AAGGAACAAGGCUCUUUGGGUCUCUUUGGUAACAAAGGAAGUGACUUGGUGAUGGCUAACAAGAGUGAAGCUGUAGCGGCCAACAAGGGUUCUUAUGGUGGUGAGGAGCGUGAAGUGUGGGUAUGUGAGCACUGUAAAAAGAAGGGUCACUUGAAGAACAAGUGCUGGAUUUUGUACCCACAUCUCAAGCAAAGCCGCAAGGACCAGAGGAAGCCUAGGGCGAAUGAAGCUCAUGCUCAUGAGGAGGCUGGCCUCUCAGACCGUGAAAAGGAAGGUGUUGCUAUGAGGGCCUCAGCUGAAUAUGUGAAGAAAUCAGAUCUGGAUGCUCUCAUUAAGGCUCUUAAAGAGUCUGGAUAUUGAGUCAAGUAAGCUUCUCGGACAAGGAAUAACAAAGGAUGGUCUUUAUGUUCUUGAAAAUACUGAGCCAUCCUCUUUAUCUAAUGCUUUUGUCUUUAGUUCUGCUGUUGAGAAUAAUGCUUUGUGGCAUGCUAGAUUGGGUCAUCCCCAUCAUAGAUCUUUGAACUUGAUGUUGCCUAAUGUUAAAUUUGAAAACAAUGCUUGUGAGGCUUGUAUUUUAGGCAAACAUUGUAGAACUGUCUUUCCUAAAUCAUCUACUAUAUAUGAGAACUGUUUUGAUUUAGUUCAUUCUGAUGUAUGGACUUCUCCUUGCAUGUCUAGAGAAAAUCAUAAAUAUUUUGUUACCUUUAUUGAUGAGAAGUCUAAAUACACUUGGAUAACUUUGUUGCCAUCUAAAGAUAGGGUGCUAGAGGCUUUUAUGAACUUUCAAAAGUAUGUAACUAACCAUUAUAAUGCUAAGAUCAAAGUGUUUAGAUCAGAUAAUGGUGGAGAAUACACAAGCCAAGCCUUUAGACAACACCUUAUUCAGCAUGGUAUAGUGCACCAAACGAGCUGCCCUUACACUCCUCAGCAAAAUGGAGUUGCUGAGAGGAAGAACAGGCAUCUUAUGGAGGUGGCCAGGUCCCUAAUGUUUCAUAUGAACGUGCCCAAGAGAUUUUGGGGAGAUGCUGUAGUCACGGCCUGUUAUCUGAUCAAUAGGCUUCCCACAAGAAUCCUCCAAGAUUCUUCCCCAUUUGAGGUAUUAAACCAAUCCAAACCAUCAAUCGAUUAUCUAAAAGUAUUUGGUUGUGUUUGUUUUGUCUUAGUACCAGGGGAACAAAGGAACAAACUAGAAGCAAGAAGUACAAAAGGGAUGUUCAUUGGCUAUUCUAUCAAUCAGAAGGGCUACAAAUGUUACAUUCCUGAGACAAGGAGGGUGUUAGUAUCA